AUGUUGGUCCGUCCUAUUGUGGUAAUUUUAUGGCUGGUGGUAGCCUCCAUCGCAACUCCCCCGCCGGGCUACAUCACAGGCAGUGAAAAUGACAAGGACCCGCCGACGUAUCGUUACACAUACACCAUAGGCAACGAUAACGGCGUGGGACAGGGAAAGGUUGAAACCAGAAGUGGCGAAUUGGCAAACGGUCGAUAUUACAUUAAUGGUGAGCAGUCAUCCACGGACGUGAAAUAUUUUGCUGACGAGUGGGGCUAUCAUCCAUUGGUCAAGUACAGUGCAUCGACCGGCCACAGUGUGGCUAAUGCGCAAUUGGCCCUGGGCGAACACGUAGUAAAAGCCCUAGUUAAUGGCACCAAUUUCGCAGAUGACUCGCCGGUGAUUCAACCGCCAUUUCCAAAUAAUCCUACAAUUUACCAAGCCAACAACGGCGAAGAGCAGAACGUGAAGGGAAUACAGGAGGAGGAAGUGACAGAGACCCAUGUCACCGAGGGAAUAAAUGAUGCAUCACUUACGACGCUGGAAGAGACCCUGAUAAUUGAAAAUUCCGGUAGCUUCGGUCAACGUGUACCCGACACCGAGAGCAGUAGAGGUGCAUCACUGAAGCAAAAUGAAACUCACCACACGACACCUGGAUUACCCCGGGCCUCGCAGUCAAUAACCCAUCACGUCUCCGCUGUAACUCCAGCCAUUAGCAUAAAAAAUUCAUCCCUAAACGACGAUUCCUCGAUAUACAAUUACAAGACUGCUCUAGAGAGUAUCCGUGAGUAUUUCAAUGUCGACAGCAAGGAAGAAAUUAACUAUAAGGACCCACUCCAUCUCCAACUAUUUCGCCAAGAAUUUACCAGCAGUCCGCUGGCCAACCAGAGUAACUCUUCCCCGGAAUCUGGAGAUAAUUCCAACGCGCAGUUAUUGGAGAAGCCGGGACCACAAGUUUCACCAAGAUUCUCUAAGCCUAUUGUCGUAGCUGAAGUCCCCAACUCGGAGGCAUUUCAGUAUAGCACAACUUUCCCCUGCAACGACCUCAAUGAUGAGAGCACUGGAUCCAUUACAUCCUCAACAAUUGACGAGACUAUGCCACCAAGCACCACUCCUCUGAGUACUUUGUCAAGCGAUACUGCUGUUUUAGUAACGCCAAAACUUUACAGUCAGUCACGUAUAACCACCUCCUCAGUGAUACUGAAUCCAAUCCAGGUUGGGGUAGCUCUGGUGAAUGCCGGUGAGGCCCAUCUGAUAUCGAGUGACACUGACCGGCAAUUAAAAUUCGGCGAUGCCAUUGAGGCGACAAAUAGCGAAAAGGAGGCGUUAUCAUCGAAGAAUAUUGUAACUUCAGGUAGUGAUAUUGAGAUAUCCAAUGAAGCUUACGAGGGUAUAAAAUCAAAAUUCAAUGGGCACGACGAAACGACCAAUACAGACCCCAGUGUCGAUCAAACGGUUGUGAUACAGAAGUCACGUGAGUUAUAUCACAAUACCCCCGUAGAGGAGAUACAUUAUCCUGCUGAAAUUGCGUCUCAGGUAGUGACCAUCAAUCAACUGUCUCCAGGAUAUCUCAAUAUACCCGGAUACGAGAGUGCAAGGCAAGUUGAGCGAGGUAAAACUUAUGCGGAUAUUGGUAAUGGCAAUUUUGGGCACCAAUCGAUAGCCGAUAGACCUGAGUUACUGCUGCAGGAGCUUCAAACGAGUCCCGAGGGUGGUUUACAUUCUCAAGCCGAUCAACAGGAGAAAAAUAAUGCCGCCAAUUUUGCGAAUUCCGGAAAAUCCAUUGAGAAUUACGUACCACCUAAGAAUAUUCACGGUGUAAGAUCGGUGGAUGAGAAUGCCACUGGGGAGACAAAUUUUUAUACCGAUACACGGAUAAAACAGGAUAACGUUUACUCAGCAUUUGAGUUGGAAAAGUUACUGGAGAAUGCACUGGUGAAUGCACAGCAGACAGGUGGGACCCAAGAAGCCCUCAAAAUAAGAGAAAAUAAUAGCCAAGAUCAUACAAAGUCUAGCCUCCAGAGAUUGUUGGAUGAAGAGAGACAGCAGAAUGUGUAUGCACAGGGUACACAUAUUAUAAGUAAUACAGUGCCAACGACUGAAAUCGAGAUGAAAGAGAUUUCAAGGGAAAUAGAAAAACCUACACUGCAGUAUUCUUUAUCCCAGGAUCUUGGUAAGAGUACGAUUUACAUUCAUGGACCAACUGAGCAAGGAUUACUUCUAGAUAUUGGCAACUACGCCAGUCAAACAAUUCGAGGAAGAGAAAAUCCUUUGGAGACAGAUGUAUCCAAUGUGAAAAAAUUACAAGACCAGAAUAUGGCAAAUGCACACAAAGAUGUAUCGCAAAUUUAUCAAUUUCACGGCAACAGAAUUCUCGAGAAACCUGUGACAGCACUUAAGCCAUAUCCAAUUCCAGUUGAAAGAAUCGUUGAGAAGAGAGUACCACACCCAGUUCAUAAACUAGUACCUCAACUGUAUCCAGUUCAUAUACUUCAACAAUAUCCAGUUGAGAAGAUUUUGGAGAAGCCUGCAGCUAUACCAGUUGCAGUUGAGAAGGUUGUUGAGAAGAAAGUUCAUGCACCACAGCCAUAUUCCGUUGAAACACCAAUAAAACCAGCCAACCCAUUAGAACUAACAAAUUACAUUGAGAACUCAAUUAAUAUACCGUACGGUGUACAGUACGGUGUUAGUUAUCAGCAAAUUAUGAAUCCACCCACUAAUAAUUUAUACGAUAAUAAUCCCAUUGACCAGCAGAUACAAACUAAUGUAACCAGCCAGCAAUUCCAAGGCUACUAUUACGAUAAACCACUUGUACCACCGGUUAAUCCACGAUAUGCAUUAACCAAACGUUAUGGUUCUUUAAAUCAAUUAUCCAAUAAUAAACAAUCGCAGAAUCAACCACAGCAACAAUUGCAGCAAUUCACUCACUUGAUUUAUCCAAAGAAAAUACACUUUGCCAAUCAAAUGGUAUUGCCAUUGCAUUCACGUUCAAACGAUCACCAAAUAACUCCACACAGACCCUUGGUUUAUCGUGCUAUCGAUAAAGGAACCAACAAAAAUGUGGAAUACAUAGGACCAGUGCCAUUACCACAGCAUGCCCUGAAUCUUCAUCAACAAAAUCAAGUGGUACAUCCGCUUCAUCAAGAAACACUUCGGUACUUGGCCACUGUUGCACGAUCGAAUGGUGCUGGUAACUUCAGGAGAGCGAGAUUGCCGGAUGUACAUUAUCAAAGUAGAACGAGUAAUUUCAGACAGUCGAAAAUGGAGUAUGGCUUUAAACCGCCAAUGGUACCGUCCGUACAGUACGACGAACAAACAGCAACUAGAGUGGAUAAUUGA